AUGAAGGAGACAACUGAGCAAGACUAUGGUGAUGAAUACAGAGCAGUACAAACAUUCAGAGAGGAGAUUGGCAAUGCAAAGAAAGUCAUUGAUACUCUCUCGACUUACCCAGAUUCAGUGUUUAGAUUGAUGCCACAGCUUGAUGAACCAACUGCCACAGAGGAGUCAAAGGCUCGUGUCCACACACAGUUGGCUGAGCAAGCAAAGAAGAGAGACGAGACAAUCAAGUUGUUGGAGGAUAAGUACUUCCCAUUGUUUGCUUCAAACCCAGAGUUUGCCGCUUACAAGAGUAGCAUUGAGGCUGUCAUUGUACAAUCGAGAACACAGACAUUCCUGACACGUGAUAAUGUCUUUACUUUUGGUGCCGAGUGCAAGAAGAUCACAUCCGGUAUCUUUAGGGAUCAGAAGAAGUUGUUGGACAAGAUGAAGGCCAUCAAGAAGGCCCACGUCCCCACCACCACCACCGCCUAA